CCCGAUCCUUCCUUUGUUUUAUAGGGAAAAGACACGAGAGAGGAGAGAAGGAAAAGACCUUUGAUUGAGCUAUGUUUGUCUCCGAGAUCAUGAGUCUUUUCUUGUCUUGUGACUCUGGGUGAAAGUAACUCGGAGAAACAACCGUACAGACUGAACCAUGUUGGGAGUGAAUUUGAAACUGAAAAGGCUAAUGACUUCGACAACAAGACGAACUGAAAAGGCUAAUGACUUCGACAACAAGACGAGAGCAACAGGGCACUAGAUGCCAACUUUUUCCCAAGACGGAAAAUUUACCAUCUUCUUCACCACCAUCGAAUCAAAACAAAACAAAACAGAAACCCAUUUUACCUUGCCCUUUUGCCAUGAACAACCUCGACAACAGAUCAAAGAAACCCAGUUUUGGAGCUCACUUCCAGAACAAUCAUAGCCAAAAAAAACAACCCACCAUGGCAGAAACCAGUACCAGCAGCAGUUGCAAUGGCUCUCCAUUGACCCAAAUAGCCCAAGACCACCUCUUCACAAUCUUGCUACUCCUCCCUGUUGAUUCUAUUCUCAGCUUUGCCAUGACUUGCAAGAAGUUUAGAGCUCUCACAGCUUCUGAUACUCUGUGGGAGUACAUAUGCCAGAGGGACUGGGGCACCAAAUCAGUUGAGGCCAUCAAGGCUUCAAAUUCUAAUCAGCAGUUGCCUUGGAUGAGGAUUUACAAGCAAGUUUCUGGGUUUGACUCUGUGUAUUGCCAUAGAGUGUGUGCUGAUCCAGAUGCUGAGCUGGUGUUUCCAACUCCCAGGGCCUCUCAUUCCCUCAAUUUUGUGUCUGAUUGCUUGGUUUUGUUUGGUGGUGGCUGUGAGGGAGGACGCCAUCUAGAUGACACAUGGGUGGCAUACAUGGGUAAUGAUUUUCAGAGAUUGCUGAAGUGGCAGAGGAUCAGUUCGGGCAGUCCAAGUGGAAGAUUUGGGCAUACAUGUGCUGUAAUUGAUGAUUUUCUUGUUCUAUUUGGAGGUAUAAAUGACAAUGGAAACCGCCAAAACGAUACAUGGGUGGGGCAAGUAGCAUGCCAUGAUAGCCUUGGUAUCACAUUGUCCUGGAGGCUGCUUGUGGUGGGGGACAAUGCACCUCCCCAGCGAGGAGCUCAUGCGGCAUGCUGCAUUGAAGGUAGAAAGAUGGUUAUCCAUGGAGGAAUUGGGCGGUUUGGUGUGAGACUGAGUGACACAUGGGUAUUGGAACUCUCAGAAAACUUUCAAACUGGUACUUGGUAUGAAAUCGUUAUGCAGCCAUCUCCCCCAGCUCGCUCAGGUCACACGUUGACUUGCAUUGGGGGAACCCGAACUGUUUUAUUUGGAGGAAGAGGAUUGGGAUAUGAUGUGCUUCAUGAUCUUUGGCUCUUGGAUAUUUGUGAGGGUCAUCCACAAUGGUUACAAGUACUAUACGAGUUACAAAAUAUUCCUGGAGGAGUUUCCCUUCCGCGGGUUGGUCACUCGGCUACACUCAUCUUAGGAGGUCGUUUGCUGAUAUGUGGAGGGGAAGACUCGUAUAGACACCGGAAGAAUGACUUCUGGGUUUUAGACAUUACUGCAGUUCCCUCCAUUACGGUGCAGCCAACUAUGUUGAACUCUAUGCAUUUAUUUGCAAAAAUGUGGAAAAGAUUGAAGACAAAGGGUCAUCUACCCAACUGCCGGUCAUUUCAUCGUGCCUGUGCAGAUCAAUCUGGGCGUUGCGUGUUUAUGUUUGGCGGAAUGGUGGAUGGUUUACUUCAACCUGCUGACCCAGCUGGGCUGAGGUUUGAUGGAGAGCUCCUCCUUGUGGAGCUUGUGCUUAAGUUAUGAGGAGGAUGAAAAUAACUAGAGCAACGGUAAAUAGUUAAAUGGAUGCCAUUUUGUUUCACCGUUUCUUGUACAUGGUGUGUGUCUUUUGAAUUGAGAUUAUAAGAAAAAACAAGCAACUUUUUAUCAUCUGACUAUUGCAAAGCUGAUCAAUUCUAACUCCAUUUGUAUUUGCCA